AUGACUAAAGAUUCAAGUUUCACUAUAAGGCCUGCAUCUGGCCCAUUCAAGAGCCCCAAAGAAAUAGUAAAAUUUUAUUAUAAUUUCGACGGAUGGCAAGACGUUUUGCCAAAAACAGAUAAUACCUAUUCACCUGGAUCCAAAUACUACAAGUAUGAAGUGUCUCCAGGCAUACCUCUCAUACCAAACAUGUCAAGAUUACCUCUUAAAUCUUAUGAGAAAACUCCUCUGAAACAUGAUGUUUAUGAAGACCAAUCAUCUCGUAUCAUUAAUUCUAGUCACAUAAAAAAAAAAUUAUUUACAACUAAAACUUAUAAACAUUAUAAAGUAACAAAUCACAACGAAACUGAAACAGAAAUCAAUGAAACCUCCUUUACUACACAAAGAAAAGCUGUAACACUUGUAAAAUACGUUUCUCACUCAAUACAAUUAUUUAUUAAAUUUAUAAUUUCAUAUUUUAUUUCUAUUUCUACACUAUCAAAAAUACACGAGUCUGUUAUGGAGGUUGGCUCCAACAUAAUUAAUACUACUAUUCGGAAGAUAACUAAUUGGGUGCAUUUGGCCACUAUUACUUUAGUGCAUUAUGAAUUGGUUAUCAUCACGACUCUACGAAAAAUUAUUUAUCGUUAUUUUGGACAUACUAGAAUAAACAAUCUAUUUUUCAUCUUAAUUUCGGCAUUCAUAUUAUUUUUAACAGUUGGAGUUUUAAACUACUUGAUACCUUUAGAAAUUCCAGUAUGGCGAGAUUCUUGGACACAUUUCCUUCUAUCACCAUUUAUUAAUAUACUCAAUUUAGUCACAUCAAUUUGUCAAGUAUUAUCUUCUACUGUGUAUUUUGUAUUGGAUUUAAUAACAGUGGCAUUUGCUUCAACAAUGGUUGCUUUAAAACUAUUUGGACAAUUAUUUUUUAAUGUAUAUCGUAAUAUUAAUAUUGUUGUGGAUUCGGCCACUAAAGCCCAUACUGUUCCUGUUGAACAAAAUCAAGAAUUUUUAGCUUUUGAUUAUAAUUUGUUGGCUAGAAAAAUUAUAGCUUCUGAAGAAUUUCAACAUGUACUUAUUAACCAAUUAAAUAUUUCGCAGUCAAAUUUAGUAAAAUUACAUGAUCAAGAAUUUCAAUAUUUGUUAAAAACCCAAUUAGAAAAGCUGAACUCUGAAAACUUGAAUUGGAUUAAUAACCAAUUAAACAACCAAAAAAUUACACUAAACAAUGUUAAGAAUGAAAUUGCUGGGCGCGAUAAAGAAACUAUUCAAUUAAUGGAAAAGAAAAUUUCAGAACUACAAAAUAUUGUUUCAAACCUAGUCGAUAGCUUUGAGGACUACAAAUCUAAACCAGCCAUAUUAAAAACAAUUACCGAAUCUACAUCAAAAGAAGCUUGUUCUAAAAAUGAUUGGAAUUCAAUUGUUAACUAUAUUGAACAGUAUGUCAACAUAACAAUGAAAUCUACGUUAAGUGUUUAUGAUGCUGAUAAAACAGGGAUGGUUGAUUACGCUUUAGAAUCUGCUGGUGCGACAGUACUAGGAACACGUUGUACACAAACCAAGCCCUCAACAGCAGCAUUAACUAUGUUUGGGAUACCUUUGUGGUUUAUUUCAAAUGGCCCAAGACUGGCUAUUCAGCCUGGUGUCAACCCUGGUCAAUGUUGGGCAUUCAUUGGUGCUAAAGGUUUUUUGGUGUUAAAGCUAUCCAAGACUAUACAUGUAACUGGUUUUACCAUAGAACAUUUGCCAAAAUCACUAUCAGAAGAUGGUCAUAUUAGAUCUGCCCCAAAAGAUUUCAGUGUCUGGGGAUUGAAACAUGAAUCAGAUUCGGAUGGUAAUCUAUUGGGUAAAUAUCAGUUUACCGUCGAUGGACCAAGCUUACAAUAUUUUGCUGCUAAGAGGACGGAUAAUAUUUACCCUAUUGUAGAAUUAAGAAUAGAAUCAAACCAUGGACAUGAUGAGUAUACUUGUCUGUAUCGUAUCAGGGUUCACGGAGAUCUGGCGGUUGUUUAA